AUUUUUGACAGUUUAUUUUUAGUAAUCUAUUUUAUAUAUUUUUUUAUGCUUAAUAAGCCAAUCUUUCCUUACAUUGAUUUUUCCUUUGUGAAAUAAUAAAUCUCGUAUUUUUGAGAAGCAACAGAAGAAACAUUGCAGAAUGAUCUACUUCGCUAUAUUUAUGAUCCUGCAGUCGUAUUUCAAUGAAGUAUUUUCAGAAGACAGAAUUGAUGCCAACAAAUGCAUCGCUUAUACGGGACGCUGUACUGGUUUGAUGGGGACAAAAGUUUUCAUGGAAAGCAAUAUAUCCUUCAAAUUAAAAGAAAAAAUUAUAUCUAAAACACUUCCUAAAUUAAAAAAAUAUCCAUUUGGUCCGUGUCUUGACUAUUUUGAAGAUCUACUUUGUUAUUAUUUUCACAAAUCAUGCGCGGAUAGGAAUGGAGAGCUGCAUCUAAUACAACUUUGCGGCGUGGAUUGUUUAAAAGCUAAGUCAAAACCUUGCAACUGGAUUGGACAAAUUGUUCCAGAAUAUAACGAUAUCGUAAAAAAUCUUAAUUGUGAUUCGUUAGUUAUGAGUCAUGCGUGCAAAAGACCUUUAAAACCAACAUUCGUACCAGCAAUAAAGAAAUUUUGCAAAAACGAGAAUAAAGAAAAAGAUUCCUAUGCUUUUGAAGUUACCAAGAGUAUAAAGGAAGGCGAAAAAAAUAAUUCUUCAAGAACAGAACUUUUAAUUCAAGACAUUCCAUAUCAGUAUCGACAAGGAAUAAAAACAUUUAUGAAACCUUCCCAUAUUUACUGCUCCACAAAUUAUUCACACAUCAACAACAAGGUCCCAAAAUUGACAUUGAAUAAUAUUUUACCACUAAAAAAUAUUGGUCAGUUUUUACCACGACGUACUGGUUGGGUAUGCGAAUUUAAAACUAUCGAGAAUAUUACAAAAUAUUUUGCAAAGCCUUUAGGAAUAAUACAACGUUACCCUGCGGAUAAAUUCCUAACCCUCAAAAAUAUGACAUUACUUUUAAUUCAGACUUCCACAAGAGCAUACAUGCAAGGUUCUGGAAUUCAUUUUUUAUGUGCAAUAAAAUUUCAAUAUAGAAUUUGGCCGCAAAAUGAACGGCAGAUCAUUUUACAUGCUAAGUCACGAGAAGCGUUACCUUUUCUUAUUGUGAAGAGUGCGACAAAAAUGAAAAGUUUGCCGGAGGAAAUAGAGAAAGUGUUAAAAUAUCAGCAAAAGGAUAAUAAAGGAAAUUUUGAGUUGGAGACAAAAAUCUUUAACCCAACUUGGGAUAUACUCUGGCAUGGUAAUCAAAAAGUUACGGCAUUUAAAGGAAUCAUAAAAUCUACAGGAGCGCUAACAUCUACUUCUUUUUCCACGGGAACAAAUUUUGAAACUAUGAUUGGAGAUGAUCGUCGUUUUACAGUGAUGAGAAUGGAGAUUGGAAACACGAAAUUCCAUCAAUUUUUAUUGGUAAUCAAUUCGUUUAUACCAAACCUUUUAUGGAUACCUGUUUUAAAGAUAUUCAAUUUUAAUGAAGAUGUUCACAUCUACAAGAUUGAGUAUAUUUUGUCCACUGGUAGUGUGGAUAUACCAUACUGCAAAUAUUUGAGAAAACAUUACAAGUUGGGAGGCGCUUUGCCAAAUAACAGAUUGAAACUCGGCUUAUGGUUACAAAUGCGUGGAAAAAUCAUCGAGUCUUACUACGGAAUCAGUAACGUAGCUUUGGUGGAUCGAAGCAGUCAAUUCACAAUGGAAUUUACCCAUAUUUUGAAGCUGACAACCUUUGAAAUAAAAUUUGACAUUCCAAAUGAUUUAGAUUGCAACAAAAAGAAGAAAGAAGAAAAGAAUUGGAAGAUUUUUGAAAGGUUGGUAAAAAUUCUUCAAAAACAAUCCGAUUUGAAAAGCAAAACAACACAAAAACUAUUUGAAUGUGAACGUUGUUGCCAGGGCGGACUAAAAUCUUUAUUGCAAAUCCGAGGAAGAUUUUACUCCAAAGGUUGGUACAAAGAAGAGGAGUUUCUUGACUUAGAUAUCACUGCAGUAUCCAAGAACUCGAAGAUUCACUAUCAUGUGAAGAAGUUGAAAUUAAAGUCGGAAAAUUGGAAGUUGAUUCGACCAUACCUGCCGAAAAACAUUAAGAAAGCAUAUGAACAAUCAUGAAAGUUUUUUGCCACUUAACACACAAACUUAGACAUGAAAUUUUUAUUUAAUUAUAGCUUUAUUUUUCUCAAUUGAAGUUUAUUGUUACUGGUAAACGCGAAAGGAAAACAGAAUUAAACUA